UCGCGCCGCUGCUUCGCGCGCUGUUGUCCCCUGCCCUCUCACCGCCACCGAGUCCAACUUGUUCUUCUUUGUGGAUCACCGGUUUGGUCUCAGGCGAGUCCACAUUCAGAACAUAAAGCAGCGCGACCCGCCGAAGCACAGCCCAGCCCUGGAUUCAAUACUCCUGAUCAAUGGACAGAGCCUCCUCAGCGGCCAGCAGCGCUACAGACACGCCGUAAACAACUCCUUCUCUCUGGCCGGAGCUCCUCUGGGGGUCUGGAGGAGGAUGGAGCGAGGAGGGGAGAGUCCCAUCACCCAGGACAGUCCUGAGCGGAGGGGGGGCAGCCCCGACCUCAGCGGCCUCCCACCUCCGGGAAAGAAGGGCCGGUUGGAGCUGAACGGCAGCCCCACCGGGCCGCGCAUCCGCCACAACGGAGCCCCCCUGAGACCCCUCGGAGGUCUGAUGAUUCCAGUCUUCUGUGUGGUGGAGCAGUCGGAUGGAGGGAUGCAGACGGACGGGUGUGAGGGGAGGGAGGAGCAUGCAGAGUUCGUGUUGGUCAGGAAGGAUAUCCUCUUCUCUCAGCUGGUGGAGACGGCUCUGCUGGCCCUCGGAUACUCCCACAGCUCGGCCGCACAAGCCCACGGCAUCAUCAAGGUGGGAAGGUGGAACCCUCUGCCCAUCCACUUCCUGACGGACACGCCAGAAGCUACAGUAGCCGACAUGCUGAUGGAGGUCUACCACAUGGUCACGCUGCGCAUCCAGCUGCAGAGGUCAGAUUUUUCAAAGCUGGAGGAUCUGCCCUCCGAACAGUGGAACCACACGACCGUCAGGAACGCUCUCAAAGAUCUGCUGAAGGAAAUGAACCAAAGCACUCUGGCCAAAGAGUGUCCGCUGUCACAGAGUAUGAUUUCCUCCAUAGUGAACAACUCGUACUACGCCAACGUCUCCACUGCCAAAUGUCAGGAGUUUGCUCGUUGGUACAAGAGAUAUAAGAACAUGAAAGUAGAUUACCUGGAGAAGAUGUGGUCCGGACGAGAUGCCGCGGACAUCAAAAUAGAGAGAGACAACAUGGCAGAUUUCUGCGUGCUGGGCCAGAGACCUCCCCCUCACCUGGCCGGCCUGGCCCAGCUCUCUCACCUGGGAGCAGGAAGUCCCCACCUCAAGGGGGACCCGCAGGCGCCCUCGCAGCAACCUCCUCACCAACAGCAGCCCUCGCCCCACGGCCCCCUCCACCACAGCCCUCCUCUUCGUACGGGCCAGGUGCCUCCUCCGCCCCCGCCCGGUGCCCUGCAGCCCCUGCUGGGACCAGGUGGGCUGCUCUCCCCUCAACUAUCCCCACAGCUGGUGCGUCAACAGCUCGCCAUGGCCCACCUCAUCAACCAGCAGCUAGCCGUUAGCCGCCUGCUGGCCCAUCAGCACCCCCAGGCCAUCAACCAGCAGUUCCUCAACCACCCGCCCAUCCCUCGGGGUUCAUCCAAAGUCGGCGGCGACCAUCCCGGGAUCAACCCCUCGGCCGCUGAGGUCUCCUGUGAAAUCUACCAGCAGGUCAGAGACGAGCUGAAGAGAGCUAGUGUCUCCCAGGCCGUGUUCGCCCGUGUGGCUUUCAACCGCACACAGGGUUUGCUGUCAGAGAUCCUGCGGAAGGAGGAGGACCCUCGCACGGCCUCGCAGUCUCUGCUGGUGAAUCUGAAAGCCAUGCAGAACUUCCUCAACCUGGCGGAGAGCGAGAGAGACCGGAUCUACCAGGAGGAGAGAGAGCGCACCAUGAACCCCACAGUCGGCCUGCCCGCCUCCAACUCCUCCAACCCCGGCCCCCCUCGCCUCUCGCAGGUGUGGGAGAGGGGCAUGGAGGACCAGAUCACCCCUGAUACCUGGGCCUCCAUCUGGAAGAACAAGACUAAGAUCUCCAACUCGCCAAAGCCGCCCGGCCCGGCCCCCGAUCUCCCACUGAAGCUGGAGUCGAUGGUCAACAUCACAUCUGGCAUCUACGACGAAAUCCAGCAGGAGAUGAAGAGAGCGAAGGUGUCCCAGGCUCUGUUCGCUAAGGUGGCCGCCAACAAGAGCCAGGGCUGGCUGUGUGAGCUGCUCCGCUGGAAGGAGAACCCCAGCCCAGAGAACCGCACCCUGUGGGAGAACCUGUGCACCAUCCGGAGGUUCCUGGCGCUGCCGCAGGGCGACAGAGACUUGGCGUACGAGGAGGAGUCCAGACACCAUCACUCCGAGAGGCUGCACACCGUCCUCCACCUGCCGCAGGAGUCGCAGCUGUUUUGUUUUUCACGUCAGGCACUUCACAGGCCACCCCAGAUUCCAAUGAAAGAGCACCGCCUUUCUCCGAUGCGUGAGGAGCAGUUAUCUGCCCCGCAGAACGACGAGGGGUCACAGAUUGUGGGAGUGGGAGCAGCAGGUGGAUGUCCACCUGGUUCUGUUGGCAGCGCUGGGAGCAACAAGAAGCCACGUUCACGCACUAAGAUUUCUCUGGAGGCCUUGGGUAUCCUGCAGAGCUUCAUCCAGGACGUUGGCCUGUACCCAGAUCAGGAGGCCAUCCACACCUUGUCAGCACAGCUCGAUCUGCCCAAACACACCAUCAUCAAGUUCUUCCAGAACCAGCGCUACCACGUCAAGCACCACGGCCGCCUCAAGGAGCUGGGCGAGGGGGCGGCGGCCAGCGGAGGUGUGGACGUCAGCGAAUACAGAGAAGAGGAGCUACUUUCGGGCUCAGAGGACCCGGAGUCUAGCGAGGACGGAGCUGAGGAGAUCUACCAGUCCACAGAGGGGAACGGUGGGAGCACAGGGGGGCUGAACCAGCUGCCGGCCUCCUCCAACUCCAGCCAGUCGUCCUCAGGGAACAACAUUGCUCAGGACGAAGGAAAGGACAAAGGGCAUGGCCGGCUCGGUGGCCCUCUGGGCCCCGGAAGCUCCUCGUCCAGUCCCAGAGAGCAGGCGGACUACCAGAGGUAGAGACGGACACACAGAGAGGAGAGGACGGAGAGGAAGAGAAAGGGAGAGAAAGCAACAUAAAGAUGGCUGCAUAGAAACUGUGCAACGUCAAGAAACCAUCAGGCUGAAGUUCUGUACGUCGCUGAGACGACCAGACGAGCUCUUUAUAGUGACAAUCUCAGACAGACAUCUGUGAACAACUGAUGUGUGGACAUUACCUCAGCAAAAAGACAGCAGGUUGCGUUACUGUGGGAAUCUUUUCCCCCCAAAACACACAUAAAUAAUUCACUUGCAAACUCUCAUUAACAGGUAAUCUAUUGCUGCUCACAAACACGAGACGAAAUCUCCACCUGUCGACAAUGAACCUUCUAAUCAUCACCAGAAAACACACACAAGGAAAGUGUUCCUGUUCCUCCUCUCUAAAGUCUGAGCACAGUCACAUAAGACUUACUCCCGAACAUGCCGGGUUGAAUUUUCCCCGCUGAGUGACAUUUAUAGACUGGAUCCCGGAGGGGGGGGGCUUCUGAGACGACCUCUACAAUCUUCUAAACCCUCAGGACACGCACUGAUGUUGCUAAUGCUGUUGCCUGCCUGAGAACGUGGACAGCCGGCACUCGCUGUUUCAUCCACAAGCUUCAUUUCAUUCUAGAAAGAAAGGAAAGGACCACCACCACAACCUGCCCUCGCCUCGCACUCACACUCCAGAAUCACUCCCAGUCCUAUCUAGCACUUACUGUUCAAAAGGACACCUUUAGUGGGUGUGAUGUACUCCCUCCUCCCUCCCCUCUGCCUCUCCUCUCAAGCCUCACUGUGAGGUUUUAAAAAUGACAGUGGACAGUUUGGCAGGAGGACCGACAUCAGGAGGAUGUGGCGUGGAGGGACCCACGACUCUGAAACCCUUCCUGGCACCACCCUGCAUAUGUGUGGCGAGAAAAAUGUCAAGAAAAGGAAGGACAGAGCGGAGAUUCAGCAGCCAAACAAUCAGUCACUUUAUGUGCGGUAGUCCACUCCUCUCUCCAUCUCACUCCCCCCCCCCCUUCCUCUCUCUAAUUGGUGCCCACAGUCUUGUGUUUCACCACACCUACCCGCACUUAAACUUCACCAACCCUAUUUAUUGCUAUCUUUAUCCAUGAUUAUUAUUAUCAUUAUUGUUAUUAUUGUUGUUAUUAUGGUUAGAAUUGCUGUCAUUGCGUGCUAUUUUUAGUUUUUAUUUCCAUGGUUUUAAAUAUCGGUUUUCAGAACUGGGCGGUGGUUUGGGAAACAAGAGACAGAAAGAGUGCUCUGCCCUAAAAGAAGAAGAAGAAGAAGAAGAAGAAGAAGAGGAGCGGAGAGGGAAAGGAAAUAAAAAGAAGCAGUUACUGAGUGUUAUUGGGUGAAAAAAUAAAAAGACCUGUCAUAUCGUAUUACGCCAUUUCCCCCCCCAAAAAUAGCAAAUGAGAGAAACAGUUAAGGAAGCGAAACUGUUCCGCUGCAGUCGAUGACAAUCUACUUUGUUGAGCCGUUUAAGAAAUGUGGCAGGUUUGACUGUUCUUCACUUUUGAUGUCUGUAAAUACCCGACACGGGAUAAAUUGUUAUUGAUAUACUUUUAUUUUUGCCGAGUGACUUUAAGUGUUUGAGCCAGUUUGGAGUACCAGAAGAACAGCUGUUCUGUUGUUUCUUUAGACAACUCAGUGAAAUCAUUUCAUUGUGUCAGGCAAAGUCAAUCACAUGAGUAUUUUUUCCUUUGCUUGGUGUCUGUUGUGUACAAGUAUACAGUAUGUUCUAAAAAAAGAUAUCUGAGAAUGGAUAGUGUCCGUGUUGUUUGACAAACCUGAUCGGCUGCUACACUCAGAUGACCUGCCUUUUAAUCAUUACGUCCAAUCACUCCCUAUGAUGAUAUUGUGCUUUUCAGUAUGACAGGAAUCGGGGUUAGACUCUAAUGCAGUUCCAAUGAAAUCUUAGAUCAUCCAGCGUUGAA